CUUCUCACUUGAAAAUGAGUUUCGCUAUUAAAACGCAUUUUCAUUCAAAUCAUAACCAAUUAAACCAAUUGUUAGCCAAUUGUAUGGCAAUUGCGAGCCAUAUAUGCAGUAUAUCUUGAUUUUAGUCAAUACUAUAUAUAUAGGCGUCUAAUAUAGUAGUAAAUCAAUUGUAUAUCAAAUAUAUUUCAUUAAUUGUAAAAAUGCCUAAAAAUUCAAACACAAGGCCUAAGAAAAAAGGCCAAAGCAAUGGCAAUCAUCGCAAAGAAGACAUCCGAUCGGUCCUCAGCGGUGAUGAUUGCGAUUCAGUGAUCGCUGACAACGUUUCGGUCACGUCUUACAACUCUUCGGCCAAAUGGGAGGCCGGAAGCGAUGACCUGAACGUCGGCGGAGCCGCCGAUGACUGCAAUAACGAAGACAACGGCUGUUAUAUCGACGACUUCGAGGGCAAACUCUUGGAAGCGAUCGAUCAGACGUCUGGAAAGUCGGCCAAAACGAGACAAAUGGGUGUCGAAGCCAUUCGCAAGGCAUUGAUCACCAGAUUCUGCUUCGACUUCAUUAUCGAUAGGAAAGUGACGAUUGGAGACCUAUUGGAGCACUCAGUCAAACGAAAGGGUGAAGAGUUGGGUUCUGCAGCCAUAUUGUCGUCCGUUGUCUUCAUAACUCUGGGCGCCAGCGAUGAGUCGGACGCCAUGUUUGCCGAUGUUGAGAGCCAUUUGAUCGCUGCGGUGACCGACCCGUCGGUGGCGCCGGCCGUUAGGUCCAAAUGCGCGGCCGCUUUGGGUUUGGGAUACUUUAUAACAAACAACGGAUUGGAUUCAAUCGAUUCAGUGAUGGCUGUGUUUCAGUCGAUAUUUGGCGCCUCAUUCCUGAAGGGUAACGGCGCUAUACCCACACAUACGGCUGAGAUAUCGUCACUACACGCCAGCGCACUCUACUCGUGGACACUCCUACUGACCCUCUAUGAGCCCUCAGCCGCCCUACGAUUGGCCGAAAGUAUGUCGAAGAAGAUCACUGAACUGUUGGACUCACCGGAUGUGGACCUGAGGAUAGCCGCCGGC